GCCGGAGCGGAGAGAUACCUCUUAUUAUCAAAUGAAUAAAGCUCUCUCCGGUCUCUCUCCGCCUUCGAGAAUACACACAUGAUUGACGGGGGACACGUGUAGAGGGCACUACCGACUAAUCCUUCUUCACCUUCGCAACGACACGACCACCAUAGGAUUGCCAGAUUCGACCCCACCACAAUGCGUCCCGUCCAAUACACAAGUCAUCCCUACAUCUUCAAGACGCCCCGAGGCAGUCUCCAAGGAGUCGAGCAACGCACAGCCUCAGGCGAGCCCAUACUCUACCGCUUCACAAAGGUCCCGUAUGCCCUUCCGCCGGUAGGCUCACGACGAUGGCGCCGUCCACACCCACUGCCAUCGGACUUCUCCUUUGACAGCAGCUCUGGCUCCGGCCAACCAGGCGACUAUACACAGUUCGGCCCCAUCUGUCCACAGCCUCACUACGCGCACGAUGGAGUAUACGUGGACAAUCCCGCCGCCGCUCCGCCCAUCGACAACGUCCAGGACGAAGACUGUUUGUACCUCAACAUCUGGGUUCCAGCAGGCCCUGCCCCGAAGCAGGGCUGGCCGGUUCAAGUCUACAUCCAUGGCGGAUGGCUCCAAAUCGGCAACGCAAUGCAAGACCACACCCAUGACCCGUUCGACUUGGUCAAGGACGUGACGCCUAGGAUCAUUGUCUCGCCGACCUACCGACUCAACCUCUUUGGCUUCCUCGCCGGCGAAGAGCUCGCCUCUCUGCACGAAGAGCCGGCCCCGUCAAACUUCGGCCUUUGGGACCAGCGAUGUGCACUUGAAUGGGUCGCCAAAUACAUCGGCCUUUUUGGCGGCAAUGCCGAUAACAUCACGGUCGGCGGCCUCUCCGCUGGCGCGAACUCGACAUUCUUCCAGCUCAACUACGACAGUAUGCUUCCAUCCUCCCAAAGACUCAUCAAGCGCGUCUACCUGUGGUCCAACGCUGUCGCCAUCCAGCCGAAUCCCACCGGCGCCCCAGUCUUGACCUCUCAGUUCAACGAGCUGUGCUCGCUCUUCAACAUCCCCGCCUCCUCGACUCCAGCCGAGAAGCUCUCCCGCCUCCGUGCCAUUCCAUUCCGAGACCUCGUCACCGCCAACACCAAGAUGAAGAUGCACACCUUCCGUUCCAGCACCGACAACGCUUUCAUCCUCCCGACCUUUCUCUCGUCACUGCACAGCGGGUCAUUCACCACCCGCCUCGCUCAGAACGGCACCUCCGUCCUGCUUGGCGAAGUCAGUGACGAGAAGGAGCUCUACAAGUUUGUCAAUCCGCCGUCGGACUAUCCGGGCCUCCUACUCCAACUGGCCAAUUACUAUCCGAAACCUGUCCUCGAGGCUCUCCUGAAAAUCUACGACCUACCAACUCAAAACUCGACCGACGCCAAUGCCUGGGCCGAGGUGUUCAGCCAGAUAGUCGCAGACAAUCAAGUUCACGCCUCGAUUCGAGGCUUGACGCAUCUCCUGCUCAACCCACCAUCCCAUCCGAACGUCACGCCGCUCCCGCAGAGCCGCGUCCAACGGUACCGCAUUGCCUGGCGAGCAAAGAGCCAGGACAACUGGGUCAAGCCGGAAGUCGGAGUCUGUCAUGGCGGCGAUAUGCCCUUGUGGUGGGCGUCGGCGUGGCGACAAGACUUCCAAGAGACGGACAAAGAAGCGACUAAGAAGUUCCUCGAGCCUUUCGCACAGUUCCUGCGUGGCGAGGAGGUGAGUUGGGGCUGUACUAGCGAGGAUCGGUUGCGGUUGUUGGAUAAAGAUGGAUCGGUCAAAGAAAACGUGAAAGAUGAGCUUUGGGAACGAGGAAUUCAGGUGUUCAACACGGUCUGGGAAGCGCAGAAAGGGACCGUGGUGAAGGACACUUCAUUGGACAGUCGCCUGUAGAUUAACAGGAUCUGUAUGAAAAAUAACCCCAGAAACUACGUAGCACAGAAAUAAAGCUUCGACUUCGUCGAAAAGCUGCAAGGACUGCACAAGUAGCCAGCACUUAACCUUGG